GUCAGUAAUAGAAGCCGAAGGAAGUGACGUAAGCGGAAGUACAAGAAUAGUCAGAGAAGCUCCAUAAAUAACGAAUCUAACCCGUUGUCUGGAACUAGCGAGACGAGAAGGCGGCAAAGAUGUCGGAGCGCAAAGUUUUAAACAAAUACUACCCUCCAGACUUCGACCCGUCAAAGAUCCCCAAACUCAAGCUCCCCAAGGACCGGCAGUACGUAGUGCGGUUGAUGGCCCCAUUCAACAUGAGGUGUAAGACGUGCGGAGAGUACAUCUACAAGGGCAAGAAGUUCAAUGCUCGCAAGGAGACGGUGCAGAACGAGGUCUACCUGGGCCUGCCCAUCUUCAGGUUCUACAUCAAGUGCACGCGCUGCCUGGCCGAGAUCACUUUCAAGACAGACCCUGAAAACACCGACUACACCAUGGAGCACGGGGCCACGCGGAACUUCCAGGCGGAGAAGCUCCUGGAGGAGGAGGAGAAGCGGGUGCAGAAGGAGAGGGAGGACGAGGAGCUGAACAACCCCAUGAAGGUGCUGGAGAACCGCACCAAGGACUCCAAGCUGGAGAUGGAGGUGCUGGAGAACCUGCAGGAGCUGAAGGAGCUCAACCAGCGCCAGGCGCACGUGGACUUCGAGGCCAUGCUGCGGCAGCACCGCCUGUCGGAGGAGGAGCGGCGGCGGCGGCAGCAGGAGGAGGACGAGCAGGAGACCGCGGCCUUGCUGGAGGAAGCGCGGAGGCAACGGCUGCUGGAGGACUCGGACUCUGAGGACGAGGCCAAGCCCGCCCCGCCCCGGCCCGUGCUGCGGCCCCAGCCCACCGCCAUCCUGCACGAGGCCCCGAAGGCCAAGAGGAAGGCAGAGAGCGCGGGCAGGGCCCAGCUGUCGGGCCUGGUCGUGGUGAAGAAGACGAAGACGGCCGCGGCRGGGAGCACGGGGCAGGGCCCCAGCCCAGGUGCCCCGGAGAGCAAGAAGACCGCAGACCCCGCACCCCACACGCCUGGCACCUCCUCCCUGAGCCAGCUGGGCACGUACGGGGACAGUGGGGACAGCGACAGCAGCAACUGAGAGCCCCACCCAGGCCCAGGGCAUCGCAGGUCUCGGUGCGGCCCUCCGAGGCGGGAGCUGCUCAUGGUCUGGGCUGGAGGCUCCACACGACCUGGGCCACGGGCAGCAGCAGCAGCGUCAACCCAGGCCGAGGGCCAGCGAGGCUGCGGGGGACUCGGUUUCUCUGCCGCCUGCAGCGGCCCUGCAGCACCUCCGGGUUCCUUCCCACCUGCAGGGUCCAGGGUUGAGCUCCUGCAAGCCCAGUGCCCGCAGCCUCCUGGCCUGAGGGCAGCCGUGUUCUGGGAUGGGGGCGUCCUUCCCUACUUGGCUCCAUCCCUCGCCCCAUAGAACUAUCUAGAACCAAUAAAAGGGCCUUGCCGCACUGGCCGGCACCUUCUCUCUGCCAGGAUCCAGCAGGGUUUGGGGUGGCCCUGGGCUCCACGGGCCCCGCCUACCACAGUUGGUGCCCGGAUCCCUUGUCUGUUCCUUUGCUGUUGAGGUCGGGCCCUUUAUAAAGAAUUUGUUUGGUUCACAGUCCCCGAGGCUUGGCUCUGGCAAGGGCCACCGUAACCGCGUUGCCUAGCGUGUGGCAUCACAUGUGGCAGGAGUGGGUGCCAGAGGGACAGGUCACACGGUGAGCUGGGAGCAGAGCUGGGGAGGCCCGGCUCACCCUGGGGUGGCCCAGGUCUGGGAGACAGCAGUUCCUUCCAGGGACCGCCCUGUGACCAGCCACCUCCACCUUCCCUGCUCAGGACGCUCCCCACACAUGAGCCACACCCAAUCACAGCAGCAUCCCUCCUGGGGACAGGUGGCUGCCUGCUGGGGUGGGCCGUCCCCCUGUGCAGGUGUCUCUGGGACCCUCGGAGGUGGGACUGCAGGCGGGAGGAGGUGCGUGCUGGUGGCUGGGGCGCCCCAGGGUAGAGGGGCUGGGAGGAGCGGUGCUGGCGGGCCCGGGAGGCCCCAGGUUCAUCCCAGCACCCAAAAAUAAGUAAAUAGAAAAGGGGGAGAGGAGGGGGC